GAGGGGGCGAGCCGUGAAGAUGGCGGCAGUGGUGGAGGUGGAGGUUGGAGGAGUUGCUGUUGCGGAACGGGAGCUAGAUGAGGUUGAUAUGUCAGAACUCUCACCAGAAGAGCAGUGGAGGGUUGAGCAUGCACGCAUGCAUGCCAAACAUCGUGGCCAUGAAGCCAUGCAUGCUGAAAUGGUCCUCAUCCUCAUCGCGACCUUGGUGGUGGCCCAGCUUCUCCUGGUGCAGUGGAAGCAGAGGCAUCCCCGUUCCUACAAUAUGGUGACCCUCUUUCAGAUGUGGGUUGUUCCCCUCUAUUUCACAGUGAAGCUGCACUGGUGGAGGUUCCUAGUGAUCUGGAUCUUCUUCUCUGCUGUCACAGCCUUUGUCACCUUCCGAGCCACACGAAAACCUCUAGUACAGACAACCCCAAGGUUGGUUUAUAAAUGGUUCCUGCUAAUAUAUAAAAUCAGCUAUGCUACUGGCAUCGUUGGCUACAUGGCUGUCAUGUUUACCCUCUUUGGUCUUAACUUGCUAUUCAAGAUUAAACCAGAAGAUGCCAUGGACUUUGGUAUUUCUCUCCUCUUCUAUGGCCUCUACUAUGGAGUUCUUGAACGAGACUUUGCAGAAAUGUGUGCAGACUACAUGGCGUCUACAAUAGGGUUCUACAGUGAGUCAGGCAUGCCUACCAAACACCUUUCUGACAGCGUGUGUGCCGUGUGUGGGCAGCAAAUCUUUGUGGACGUCAGCGAAGAGGGCAUCAUCGAAAACACGUACAGGCUGUCCUGCAAUCAUGUAUUCCACGAGUUCUGUAUCCGCGGCUGGUGCAUUGUGGGAAAGAAGCAGACAUGUCCCUACUGCAAAGAGAAAGUAGACCUGAAGAGGAUGUUCAGCAAUCCCUGGGAGAGGCCUCACGUCAUGUAUGGGCAGCUGCUGGACUGGCUUCGAUACUUGGUAGCCUGGCAGCCUGUUAUCAUUGGCCUGGUGCAGGGCAUCAACUACAUCCUGGGCCUGGAGUAGUUGGGAAGUUGCAUCAAUGGAGAACCCACCCCACCCACUAUGGACCUCAGGGCGCUCUCCUCCCUGCCCACAAAGACCUCCUGGGUGGAAAAGACUCAAAAGGGUGCUUGGGCCACUCAGGACCCCCCUGGCUGUGUCCAGCGUGGGGAGGGAUGUGAUGGAGAGCCAGCAGUGGGGCUGUCAGCAGUGGGGGGAUUUUUAAAAGAAAACUAUUUUGAUGAAUAUAUUUAAAAAAAACCACCUUUUUUAUUGUGGAACAUAGGAGUUGCCCCCCUCCAGGCCUCACCCUGCCUGACAGGUUGGGAGCAGAGCCUUGAGAUUUUUGGUUUAAAGGAGCCUUCUCACCUUUGGUUGAGAGCACUGGUGGGUUCUCAGGUAGCUGGGGGCCUCAGCACACCCACCCCCCUUCUUUCCCUCUGCAGGGCUCAAGCUUAGGCCACCCCAUUUGGAAGAGCUGAGGAACUCAAGACUAGUGGCACAGUUGAGCACUGAGGGAUGAGGUAUCUUCCCCUCCACCCCAUCUGGGGUAUAGGAUGAGUGUUGUCUGUCUCCCCAGGAGACACUGUCCAGGAGCUAAAGGCUGGGUGAGGCAAGUGGCAGCUUCAUCAGUGACUUUUUCAUCAAGGGAAGUCCUGGGGCCUCGAUGUGUUUGGGACAACUGGAAGAAUCAGCAACAUGGGAAAUCUGCCCCUGAGCAGGGCUGGGGUCAGCCAAGAAUAGAGACCAUCUAUAUAUAGUUGAGCUGAGGAGACAACUUUUAGCAGCAAUGACUGAGAGAGAGCCUGUUGUGAAAGCUGAUCCUUUGGCCUGAAAGUGGUGAUGUGCCAAAGGUCACUGCCAUAUCACUUCCUUCUUGAAAGGGUGACGAGGAAUGUUUGUGUGUGCACAUGCGUGUGCAUACAUGUGCAUGCAUAGCAGAAGAACUGGCUAUGACAGAUGUCUAUUUCUCCCAGUCAGCAGACAGCUUGCCUUUGAAGCUAGUAGGGUAUUCUCAGCCUAGGAGGUAUCCGUGUGUGAAUGUCAUCAUUCCUGGGCUCUCUCUGCCCCUCACAACAGGAAUGGUGGAUGUGUGGGAAGGAGGAUAAGGCCUAGGUGAAUACAGGUUCUAAAAAGGGGCUUCCAGGCAGGCCUCAGCCUUGGUCCUGGGAGUUUUGAAGUGGGAGGGCUGUGGGCACUGGGUUCCUAGGGAAUCGGGUCCAACAGGGUCUACCCCUUCAAGGACAGAGAACCAAGCAGGGUCUUGUCACUCUCAUCUGAAUAAAGCUCCAUGAGCUGGGUUGGAAAGCUGAACAA